AUGUGCAUCCCCCUCUCUGGGCGCUUUGGAGGGGCGGGCUCGUCGCACCUCCCCCAGCAACUCAAAUUCACCACCUCUGACUCCUGCGACCGCAUCAAAGACGAGUUUCAGCUGCUGCAGGCUCAGUACCACAGCCUGAAGCUCGAAUGUGACAAGCUGGCCAGCGAGAAGUCGGAGAUGCAACGUCACUAUGUGAUGUACUACGAGAUGUCCUACGGCUUGAACAUUGAGAUGCACAAGCAGGCUGAAAUCGUGAAGAGGCUGAAUGGGAUCUGUGCCCAGGUCCUGCCCUACCUGUCUCAAGAGCACCAACAGCAGGUCUUGGGAGCCAUUGAGAGGGCCAAACAGGUCACCGCUCCCGAGCUGAACUCCAUCAUCCGACAGCAGCUCCAAGCCCACCAGCUGUCCCAGCUGCAGGCCCUGGCCCUGCCCCUGACCCCGCUGCCUGUGGGGCUGCAGCCACCGUCGCUGCCGGCAGUCAGCGCGGGCACGGGCCUUCUCUCGCUGUCUGCGCUGGGCUCCCAGGCCCACCUCUCCAAGGAGGACAAGAACGGGCAUGACGGUGACACCCACCAGGAGGAUGAUGGGGAGAAGUCGGAUUAG